AUGCAAAGCGGUGACCCGAAGGACGCUACCAACCCGGCAAAGACCAAGCUGCGCCUCUACAACCGGUUCAAGCAGCGCGAGCACCGGUCGCUGCUCCGCUCCGAGACUUCGUACCUCCAACAAGCCAUAGCCACGCUCCACGCGCAGCUCCGCCAACUGCAGGCGCGGCCAUCGACGUCCGCACUCUCGUGGCGAGACGUCGCCGCCGGGCUGCAGGCCGCCACCGCCGCGAGCCUCGACGAGCAAGCCGAUCUCCAAGAGUUGCAGCGGCGGCAGCAGCACUUUCUCACAGCUAUGACCCAUUGGGUCGCAGGCCACAGCGUUCAGCGUGGGCUCUCGACGCAGUCUACGUGGCGUGACUUGUCCGUCUUGGCCGACCCCGCGACCCGAUUUGCGAGUCUCGACUGGGUCAGUAAGAACCUGUAUUACAACACGGACGCGGUCUUUGCCACGUUUGGCCUCUGCGGGCCGACCGCCAACAUGCGCGACCAGCGCGCGUUCAAGUACGAGGUGCUAGAGACGGGCACGAUCCAGCUCACGUGGCACUACCAUCUCUUCGUGGACAAGCCUCUCGAUGACGUUGCGCCGCGCGUCAAGGCGCUCUUCUGGGCCCCGCGCAUGGAAGGCCGCUUCACGCUCGAGCCGCCACCUGGCGUUGCUGUGCACUGUCUGGAUGCAGAGAUGCUGGCUACUACGGCGGUCGACAUGGAGUACAAGCGAGUGCAGCGGGGCGGUCUCGAACCGCUGAACGUGUUGGCGCGCGAGUUUAGAAGCUUGAACACCCGCACGCUGGUCGGCAGCUCGAUUGCGUUCGACGAGGCGUGGCCACGCACGGCGCCUCUCCAGCGCCACUGCAAAGUCUGGGUGCUCUGCGAACGACUGUCGCCAACGCAAACACAAGUGCGUAUUUUGGCCAUGUCCAGUGACGAGGCUGCGUCGACGCUGAGGCUCUCGGACGCCGAGACGGAGCGCAUGGGCGCGCACAUAGCCAAGCUCGGGGAUGUCCUGCACGGCAACCUCGUUAAUUUGGUCGUCGCCGAUCAGUAACGCAUGUAUGUGCUAGCAUUUCUUAAGUUAUAUUCUCUCAUGCUUCUUCGUCA